UGCUGCCCUCGCCCGCCUAGACGCUGCCAGUAGCACCUUUCAACUGCCAGAAGAGCUGGUUGAACGAUUAAUUACAUCCAAUUUUUGCGAGCAGAGCAGGGAUUCAGUAUAGUUAUGUCCGAAGAGGUUGAAGGAACGAGGACUUCUGAAGAACAGCAGGAAAUGGAGGACAAAGUAAUCAGUCCGGAGAAAGCAGAGGAGGCCAAACUGAAGGCCAGGUAUCCUAACCUUGGAGCCAAGCCUGGAGGUUCAGACCUUCUGAGGAAAAGACUUCAGAAAGGGCAAAAGUAUUUUGACUCUGGUGACUACAACAUGGCCAAGGCAAAAAUGAAGAAUAAACAAUUGCCAUCAGCCCCAACGGAGAAGACAGAGAUCACAGGUGGGCACAUCCCAACACCUCAGGACCUGCCUCAAAGAAAGACUUCAAUUGUUGCCAGUAAACUGGCUGGUUGAUGGUUUUAUGUUUAUUGUUUUGUUACCAUUCCAACCCCCACUUCAUUUCUACUUGCCGUUUACGUUUUUGUUCCUUUGUCACCUGCGUAUGUAUUCUCUAAGAACAAGUCAUGUACCAAGUCAAGUUCUUGAGGAAAAAUGGCAACUGUCAGGCACUGAAUUGUCAGUGAGUUAAAUUCAACAAAGUCGUAGCUGAAAAUGUUUGUCAAGAUUGUAAAAAAGACUGAGUAGCGGUUAAUUAAAUAUGAAUGGAUGUUAGUGCUAUCUUAUUUUCCCAGAACGUUUUCACUUUUAAGCAUAUGCCUCCAUGCACAGCAGCUGAAGAGCCUGUGCAGAUAAUCUGUUUUCAUCACCACGAAUGAAUCUUGUUCCACUAUGUCACUGAUAAUUACAGAGGCAAAAAUACUGAUGAAUUAUGACCACAGAGAAAACAUUAUCAGUUUGCACUGAUGUAUGUGUGAGGUAGAAGUGUAAUUUACAGAUAUGCCUUUGACUCGUAUUCACUCGCUCAUAUGGAGGCAUGUCUGUUUAAAUAGUGAAAAGUGAAGUAAUCCUGCUUUGUUUUUUGGUUUUCUGAUCCUUAAUUGUGUGUCCCUUUCUCUCUCUGUGAAGCUGUUUGAUUCUGUGCUUUCAAAGCAUUUAAGAUUAGACCACACACACGUUGUAGCCAGUUGUAUUUUAACUCAUUUUAGUGACGUUGGUUUGCAAAGACUUGCUGCUGGUCUCCAUUUCAUCCCAACCUUUAAAAUGGCCUUAAAAGUAAUGAACCCUCUUGAGCAAUAUUUGCUCCCUCAGUGAGAAUCUUAGUUGUGAAUUUUGCCUGAAAUGUCUGUUCACUGUCUGACUGGAAUCACUUAGGAUUUUAUGGAAAGAAACUCCCUUGACAUGUCUGGAGUGUGCAUGUGCAUUUAUUGUGCAGUCACACUGUGCCAUUUGUUUUGUAAAUAAAAUAGUUUUGCAUAAUA